AUGUGUGGCAAUGGCCCCAACUGCCUGCUGGAACAGCCAGGCAAGCGACAGGCCAUCAGCCGGCUGGACAGUUUCAGCAAAAUCGUCUCUCUUGUCAAAAAAGUCCUCAAGGACACGUCCAGCUUACAGCCGGACCUGCUGGAAAAGGCGCGCUUGAAAUCUGAUGCAAUUCGAAUCAUUGCGAGGAGCUCCUUCCGCCCAGAACAAACAAGGGAGGACAUGGGUAAGGCCAUUGGACUCUUAUCCCAUGCCAUGGAGCAAGAGAUCCGAGAGGGGCCCAAGAUGUCGGCGCGGCUGCGGAGCCUGUACCUCUUGCGGGGGAGGGCCUUUGGAAAGCGUCUUCUGGCCUUACCCGGGUUACCCGAGAGCGAGAGCGACAAGGCCCAAGACGCGUCGGCGGCCCUGUCUGAUUUCAAGGCUGUGUUAGCUGAGGACCCAAGCUGUCCGGAGGCUUUCGCAGAGGCGGGUCAUAUCUACGGCUUCACUGGCCAGACUGCCGAGGCACUGGAGUGGUAUCAGAGGGCCCUGGACUUGAUGCCAUCCGGGUCCUCCGAGGCUUCCCAGAUCUCGCGGCGCAUGAAGAGGCUGAAAGAAGGGCGCUUGGCAGCGGGCUCGGGCGAUGGCAGCGGGCUUUGGAAGGUUCGAGGAAUCUCAGGGCUCUCCCCCGAUACAUGCAUCUACCACCUCGAGACUCUGCCUCCAGCCGACCCACAUCCUUGUCCACAUGCCGCAUGGCAUGUGCAAGUGGCUCAUGGUUCAACCAUCAGGGAGUACACGCCGGUCUCGUCUGCAUCGGCUUGGGAGGCUGGGUGCAUGGAUCUGCUUGUGAAGACCUAUCCUAGUGGAACGGUGUCGAAGUUCUUCGGGUCGCUUCAAACGGCCGAGGAGGCACAGGAGUCCUGCUUACAAAGCUAUGGCCUCUUGGAGGAGCAGAACUGUUGGGUUCGAGUGUCGGCUCCGAUUCUCACUUUCGAUCUGCGUGAGCUGCGCGAAGUUCCAUCACUUGGUUUGGUGAUCGUGGCCGGUGGAACCGGAAUCGCGCCGGCGAUCCAGAUCAUGUCCGAGGUGGUCAACACGGAUGGAAGCCUGAAGGGGUGCCCUGCGCAGCUGCUGUACUCCAGCCGCACUCCUCGAGAUGUGCUUAUGCUGGAUGAGCUGCGGGCCUUUGUGGAGUCGCGUCGUGUUCAGGUGACUCACACUCUGACACAAGAAGGUCGCCGUGCUGUCGGCAGUCACUUCCGAGGAAAGCAUGGGCACUUUAGCGCAAGCUACGUUCCAAAAGACGGGCCUCUAAGGCCAGAAGAGGUGGCUUUUCAUCGGCGGGUGGACAUGGACAUGCUGAAGGCCGUUUUGGACACCCAGGGCCCAGCUGCACCCGCUGCUUUCGUCAUCGUGUGUGGGCCUCAGGGCUUGCUCGACGCAUCGGAGAAGUGCCUGAUGGAACUCGGUCACCAGCGCGACCGCAUUCUGCUACUUCGUGCCACGGCCACGGAAGCCGCAGAGCUCAAGGACUCCAGCGAGGAGUCAGAGGGCGAAGGCCAGUCAGACGUCUCACAAGAUGAGCUUGACGUGCUGCCGGCCAUUUCUGUUUCACCUCCGCAAAUCACCAUUUCGGCCCCGGCCAGUGUGGACAAGCCUGGCCAAGGAAAGCCUGGAGACAUUUUGAGAGCUCAGCUGAGCGCUGGAGGGUCCCCUGCGCCCUCCCUAGCACCCUCGGCACACUCAGCUCCACUUUCUUCCUCUCCCGGCAGUCCCGGCCCUUCCUUGGGCACUUUGACUUUCGCCGAUCGGGUGCGGCAGGAACGCGAGGCGACCAAAAAUGACACUUCGGACCUCUUCUGUUGCGUGUGGAUCGACUGUGGGUGGUCCACAUUCCUGGUGCUGAAGAGUUUGGACUCGGUCCUCAAGAACAUUGGCGAGGCAGGGCCUAGGACCGGGCCACGGCCACUUAAGGCCGUGGCCAUUCUGGUGAUCUACGUCUUCGACGUCCUCAUCGCAGACUCUGUGCGGGUCCAUGGUAAGGACUUCAACCUGACCAUCUUCCUGAUGGCCGGGCCUGAAGCGCGGCCUGUGGGGGGCAACCAUGUCUCAUGGCAGGUGAUGGUCGUAGUGCUGACCGUGGUCACUUACACCCUGGCGCCGACCUGGAAGAAGCCAGCCCGCGCCGUAACAUCGCUUCUGGCCUGCCAACGUGCGGAGCCGCAAGGUAUCGAGAAUUUGAAAUCGGCGCUGACGGUGGCCAACCCAGAGGAUGACGACGUCUCCAGAGAGGUCUACCUGGGUGUUGUGAAGAGCUACAAUGACCGCCGCGGAUUCGGAUUCCUUGCCUGUACAGAGACGGCCGAUCGCUUCGGCCGCGAUGUGUACAUGCCAAAGGCGGAGGCCACGAUGGCUGCUUUACUUGCGGCGGGCGUAGACAGGGAAGCAGGCAUCAGCAUGGUGAUCAAUGGGAACUGCGGUGCCGCCGCGACUGCGGCGGCCGUAGCGGCUGCACCACGCGGCCCCGAUGCUGCGAAGGCUGCCGCGGCAGCCGCGCAGCAGGUGGAGAAGGUCCAGGAGGGGGAAAAGUCCACGGCGCCACGCUUGGCCGAGGAGGACGUAGUCUUCUUCCGUGUUCGGCUGAGCAUAGAGGGCUAUCCACAGGCUGUCUGUGUUCAGCGUCUACGGAAGCUCACUGGCACCGUGCUCCUGUCCCCUUCACAAACGAAAGGAUCGAUCGUGAGUGAUGAGGCGGUGGCAGUUUGCGGGCGCAAAGAGGUGGUCUUUGACACCGAAGCCUGUGGACAGCUGCGGCUAAUUCCUGGUGAUGUCGUCACCUUCUGUAUCCCUGAGGCUGAGGAGAAGCUCGGCGCUGUCGCGAAACCUGCACCAUUGCCAGCCCCAGCAGCCAAGAUGAUUUCUCUUUGCACCACUAGUCGAGCAGGUGGCACGGUCUUGGGUUGUUUUACCCUGGACCUGCCGAGAACCUUGCCAGAGAAUGUGCUGAGUGCUCCGAUGCGAGCAAACCUGAAACUUCCCUGUCACGCCUUUGGAGACAAGCUCGUUUUGGCACGUCUGACAGAUGACUUAGAUGAGGCCGAGCUCAUGCGUUUCUUUUCAAAGCAGGGUGCCACUGGGGCCAUAGUGGCACAUGCUCGUGCCUGUAGUUUCGCUUCGGUGUCCUUUGCUAGCAUCGCAGAUGUGGCACGCUUCUUGGGCCGCAUUGCCCAUGCUUUCGCUGACGAUCGGGGCACGCUGGUUGCAAGACUGCUUCCCUUGGAUCCCAAGCUGGAUGCCAUCGCAACGCUUCCCGCGCUGCCGGCCCCCCAGCUGUCGGCCAAGGACAGCUCAGGUGAGGAUUUGGAAGCCGGGGCACUCCUGGUGCUUUGGUCUCCGCUUGUCCUGGCCGUGGCCUACUCAGUGGAGCUCCGGCCUGCUGGCAUCGAUGGACCCUGGGCCUCUGUCGAUGUGGGCUCCAAGAUGGGAGGUGGAAACAGCAGCCAUCGCUUUGACUCCUCCACCUCCUCCUGUAAGGUGACGAGCCUUCACUUGACCACCCGAUACGAGGCCCGUGUCUCCUACUUCACCGACUGCGGCACCACCUCCGAGGCUUCUGAGGCCUCCGAGCCCUGCACGCCUUCCCAGGGCUCCGAUGCGAAGCCCAAGACAGUCACAGCCGUCACGGGGGUCACCGGGCUCUCUACCGGUGUUGCCGGUGUUACUUCCACAAACCCUCCCCCUCGCACUGCCCCAGAAUAUGUGGCACCGCACUAUCCACCGCCGAGCCUCAGCACGCUUCCGCCGGCCCCCGUGAACCCGACCUCCACCUGGUCAGGAUGGAGCACCACCACGGCGGAGGCCAGCGCCUAUCCUGCGCCACUGCCGUUGCCACAGACCGUACCUCCACCGGAUCCCUUCGCUGCAGGCUAUCCACCCGCUCCGGCUGCGCCGGCACCGCCCCCACCAGCAUGGAGGUCCCCAGCGGGCCUGGUGGUUCCACCGCCGGCUGCGCCGGAACUGCAGCCCUGCGACGAGCAAGGCUUCGCGCUGAACAUUGUGUGGCCAUGUGUGCUGCAAGCAGUAUCCUAUGUGGUGGAGAUUCGGGCGGCUGAUGGCACGAGCUUCGAGCGUUUCGUUCGACCUGCGCCGGAGGCAACUCUUGGGCUACUGGUGGAGAUGCGGGUGGCAGGGCUGCGGCCGGCGCCACCACCGGGGCGUUUCUACAUGGCUCAGGUGCGCAGCGUGGGCGCGGACGGCUGGGAGUCGCCGCCCGGUCCCUCGACAUGGUCUGCUCCGAUGAUCUGCGAGGACCCUUCAGCCCUGGACGCCAACCAGCUGAGAGAGCGAGAGGGUGCCUACUUGAACCCAAUCAAUUCCAUGAUGGGCCCUGCUGGGGGCCCUCAGCUCCCAGGGCUCCCUGGGCUUCCAGGGCUCCCAGGGAGCCUCCCUGGGCUCUCGGCCUCCGCGGUGCCUUGGGAGCCGAAAGACAGCUGGAAGGGCCCCGAGAUUCUGUCCACCAGCGAACCCACCAAAGACUUUAGCUACGGAUGGUCGGGGAUGCCUCCACCCCCGGCAAACCCUCCCGUCUUGGGUUCGGCCGCCAUCGAUGACAACGCGAAGCCUGAGGAGUGCCUCAUCCUGGAUUGA